CUAGUAUGCUGUUGUUAAUCAAGAAACACCAGCUUUGGCAAGCCUGAUAGCUCUCCAAACCACCCCAGACGGUGUUAAACUGCUCUCCGUUUUUCGCGCCUCGCCCGCCUUAUCCAGCACUCAAACACUCCACACCUCUCACAGCCAUGGUCCGCGCCCGGCGCUGGGCGCUCCUACUUCUUGCAACUGUGUCGUUAACAACUGCUCGAGAGCUAGCUGCGUCGCGGGCAGCUCAAUUGCGACUGCAGCAUGACUAUCCCAACCUUUUUCCGGCCGUAGGAAACGAGCCUUCCAAAUUCGACCCGCUCCUCAAUUCCCUCGAAGAGCUCCACCAUGCGCUCGAGACGAUGCAGAGCGAUUACUUCAAGAUCUGGCUCGGUAAAUGGCCCGACGCCAUUGACUGGACAGCUGCUGUUAUGGGAACUCAUGUAUCUGCCGCCCUUUACUCCCUCACUCGAUCCCUGGAAUACAUCAUGCCGGGAACAUACGCGGAGCAAGGCACGGAGCUUAAGAUAGAGGGUCAGCGCGUAGAGAACGAGAUCAACAAAUACUUCUCGCAAGCUAUCACAUACUUUUUCGGGGAGGACCACUUCGCCAUCCGCACCCAGGCCCACGACGAUAUGCUGUGGGUGGUCCUCGGCUGGCUCGAGAACAUACGGUUCAUUCGGGAGCACAAUUCGCUACAUUAUCCUCCGACGAGCGACUCGACGGGUGGAUCGCGGUGGUAUGGAAAACAAUUCGAGGGCGCGUUCGCCCACCGUGCCCGCGUUUUCUACGAUCUGGCUAAGAAAGGCUGGGACUGGAAGCUCUGCGGCGGAGGCAUGACAUGGGACCCGCACAAGGCACCCUACAAAAACGCCAUUACGAAUGAGCUUUUUAUCGCUGCCAGUAUCGGCAUGUAUCUAUAUUUCCCGGGCGACUCCAACUGCUCGCCUUUUAUGUCCACGCAUGACGGACUUGACGACGACGCCCGGAUCGCCGAAGAGGGCGACGGAGUCUGCGAGCCGCCUUAUGGUCCAGCACCAGCCCACGAUCCCAUAUAUCUUCAAUCCGCCGUGAACGGAUACAAAUGGCUGAAAAACUCCAAUAUGACGAACACAAAAGGCCUCUACGUCGACGGCUUCCACAUCCGCGACUGGGGCAAGAACCACACCAUCGGCACCGGCAAUUGCGACGAACGCAACGAAAUGGUCUACACCUACAACCAAGGCGUGCUGCUGUCCGGCCUCCGCGGGCUAUGGGAAGGGACAGGCGACCUGAACUAUCUUGACGACGGUCACAAGCUCGUGCGCGACGCGAUCCGCGCUACAGGGUGGAGGCCGGGCCACGGCUUGAUUGUUGAAGACGGGAAGUGGUGGUUUGGUCUCGGCAAGGAUGGCAUCCUCACCGAGACCUGCGACCCCCUUGGCACCUGCUCUCAGAAUGGUCAGACAUUCAAGGGCAUCUUUUUUCACCACUUGACUCUCUUCUGCAAACCCCUGCCCCUGUCGCCCCUGAUUCCCGGCAAAACUCACGGCGCGAGCAAGGCGGUUGCAAAGCUCCAUCGCCAGAGCUGCAAGGAGUACGCACCAUGGGUGGCGCGGAAUGCACAAGCAGCUUUGCGAACAAGAGAUAAGAGGGGCAGGUUCGGUGGCUGGUGGGGUGCGCUGAGUGGAAAAGAAGAUGAAGCACGACUGCCAGAGACCCCAGAUGGCGCAGUCGACUAUCGGAAUCGGCUGGUGAGAACCCAAGAUAAGUACGAGGAUACGCCGCGUGAAUCUGGGCCCGAUGUCCAGUUUGCCACUAUGCAAAAGAAGGAAACAGAGUUUCGCAUUGAGAGAAUGAAGACCCAAGGUGGAGAUCUGAAUGAUAGGGGUCGCGGCCGGACGGUCGAGACGCAGGGCGGGGGAGUCGCUGUCCGGCAGCCGACUAAGGAUAGAACGUGGAAGUAUCUCACCCUCGAUCUCUUCUUUACGUCCCUAAAAUCUACAGACACUACAAUGUCUUCGAAGAACAUCAUCGUAAUCUUAGGCAUCACCGGCAACCAGGGUGGUUCCGUCGCAACCGAAUUUCUCAACCACCCCAACUGGACUAUCCGCGGCAUCUCCCGAUCUCCCUCAUCCGCUCGUAGCGCUGCUUGGACUGCCAAAGGCGUCGCAAUGGUCGCCGCAGACCUCAACGAUACCGACUCCCUCGAGCACGCCCUCAAAGGCGCUACCGCCAUCUUCGGCGUCACCGACUACUGGCAGCACUUCUGGAACCCCGCAAACCGCGUCCGCGCUACAGAGACUGGGCAGACGCUAAAUGAGAUCAGCUACGAGCUCGAGGUCCAGCAAGGGAAGAAUCUGGUCGAUGCGGCGGCGAGCGUGGAGGGGCUGGAUAGGCUGGUGCUGAGUACGCUGAGCAAGAGCCGUGAGUGGAGCCAUGGGAGGAUUACGUGGAACUACCACUCCGAUGCGAAGUGGGCUGCGGUCGAGUAUAUGCGGGAGAGGUAUCCGGAGCUUGCGGCGAGGUCUAGCUUGCUGCAGGCGGCGGUGUUUAUGGAGAAUUAUAGGAAGUUGGCGAGGAAGCAGACUGAUGGAUCAUACAAGAUCCGAUGUCCGAUCAAAGCCGACACGCCUGUUCCGAUGAUAGAUCAUCGAGCUGAUACAGGCCAUUUCGUCAAGGCUCUGCUGGACGUCGCGCCGGGAAAGAACCUCGCCGCCCAUGGCAGCCUGGUAUCUUGGAGUCAAUUUUGCCAACUCGCCUCGAAGCUCUCUGGCGUCACUUUCACGUACGAGCAGUGUACCGUGGAUGAUUUCGACGUGAUGAUCCUAGGCGGUGCUGGACGAGAAAUCGGAGAGAUGUUUGUGUAUACUGAAGACCCUGGGUACUACGGAGCUGAUCCAAGCAUCACCAAUCCAGAGAAUCUGGGAGUGAAUGUUCAGACGAAGAGCAUUGAGACUUUUUUGAAAGAGGAUUUACCUUCUUUCUUGAAACAGUAAAGACGCCAAAAGAAUUGAAAAGAUAGCCAUUGGAACUCGCU